UCCUCUGCCCGGUUUCAGCAGCAGCGCGGUGUGUCAGUGCGCGUGCUGCACGAUCGGCAAAAGGAGCCGCGCGAGCCGAAGCGCAUCAAAUGAACCGAGAGGGAGCUUCCGGCGGGGCUCCUUUCCGCGCGCGCUCCUCCUCUCCGUGAUCACAGGGGGGGGAAAAAUAAUAAAAAAAUUAAACAAACUAAUCAGCACACACCCGGUUCAAGACGUCAUGGAGGACAAGACGAGCUCGAGGGACGAGAGAGCGGACGCGGGGAAUUCGGUGCAGAGGCGAGACUCGGCGAAGAAAAGCGUUGGAGGAGGAGGAGGAGGAGGUGUUGGUGGCGGAGGAGGUGGAGGUGGUGCGAGUCCCAGUGCAUCCAAAGAGCACAGCAACUCGGUGAGCGCGAGCGCGGAUCGGGACCGGGAGGAGGCUGCGGUGGGGCUGUGCGACGAGAACGAGAGCCGACAGCAGUACGGCUUCAUGCAGCGGCAGAUCGGCGCGAUGCUGCAGCCCGGAGUGAACAAGUUCUCGCUGCGCAUGUUCGGCAGCCAGAAAGCCGUGGAGAAGGAGCAGGAGCGCGUGCAGACCGCCGGGUACUGGAUCAUCCACCCGUACAGCGACUUCAGGUUCUACUGGGACUUGAUCAUGCUCAUCAUGAUGAUGGGGAACCUAAUCAUCAUUCCUGUAGGAAUAACGUUCUUUUCCGAGCAGACCACGACCACCUGGCUGGUGUUCAACGUGGCCUCGGACACCAUCUUCCUGGUGGACCUGGUCAUGAACUUCCGCACGGGAAUCGUCAACGAGGAGAGCUCAGAGAUCAUCCUGGACCCCAAGGUGAUUAAGAUGAACUACCUGAAGAGCUGGUUCGUGGUGGAUUUUCUCUCCUCCAUUCCCGUGGAUUAUAUCUUUCUGAUCGUGGAGAAGGGCUUCGACUCGGAGGUGUACAAGACGGCGCGGGCGCUGCGCAUCGUCCGCUUCACCAAGAUCCUCAGCCUGCUGCGACUGCUCCGCCUCUCACGCCUCAUCAGAUACAUCCACCAAUGGGAAGAGAUUUUCCACAUGACGUACGACCUGGCAAGCGCAGUGGUAAGAAUAUUUAACCUGAUUGGGAUGAUGCUCUUGCUGUGUCACUGGGAUGGAUGUCUGCAGUUCCUGGUCCCUCUGCUCCAGGACUUUCCUCCGGAUUGCUGGGUGUCACUAAACGGUAUGGUUAACGACUCCUGGGGAAAGCAGUACUCAUACGCUCUCUUCAAGGCCAUGAGUCAUAUGCUGUGUAUCGGUUACGGAGCCCGAGCGCCGGUCAGCAUGUCCGAUCUGUGGAUCACGAUGCUCAGCAUGAUUGUGGGAGCGACGUGUUACGCCAUGUUCGUGGGCCAUGCUACGGCACUCAUCCAGUCGCUCGACUCCUCGCGCAGACAGUACCAGGAGAAGUAUAAACAAGUGGAGCAGUACAUGUCAUUCCACAAGCUCCCGGCUGACAUGCGGCAGAAGAUCCACGACUACUAUGAACAUCGCUACCAGGGCAAGAUCUUCGACGAGGACAACAUCCUGAACGAACUCAACGAUCCUCUGAAAGAGGAGAUCGUUAACUUUAACUGUAGGAAACUGGUCGCGACCAUGCCUCUGUUCGCCAACGCCGAUCCCAACUUCGUCACCGGAAUGCUGAGCAAGCUGAAGUUCGAGGUCUUCCAGCCCAACGAUUACAUCAUCCGCGAGGGCACCGUGGGGAAAAAGAUGUACUUCAUCCAGCACGGCGUCGCGAGCGUCAUCACCAAGCACAACAAGGAGAUGAAGCUGACGGACGGAUCGUACUUCGGAGAAAUCUGCCUCCUGACGAAAGGACGUCGCACGGCUAGUGUCCGCGCCGACACGUACUGCCGCCUCUUCUCUCUCUCCGUCGACCAUUUUAACGAAGUGCUGGAGGAAUACCCGAUGAUGCGACGCGCCUUCGAGACCGUCGCUAUCGACCGCCUGGACCGCAUCGGGAAGAAGAACUCCCUCCUGCUUCAGAAGUUCCAGAAGGACCUGAAUGCUGGCGUGUUCAAUACACAGGAGAACGAGCUUCUGAAGCAGAUUAUCCGACAGGACCGGGAGAUGGUGAUGAUGGUGGAGAGGAAGCAGUCAGUCACAGGUGCGAAUUCGACGCCCAUGUCCGGAAACUCCAUCAUUAACUCUCCGGCUCAGCCUCCUUUCGCCAACAGCCAGUUCCAGCAGCAACCGCAAUCCUCGCCCAUGACCCCUAUGGCCCCCAUGUCUUACAGCACCUCGGCGUCCAUCAUCCCUGCGGCUCGCCUAGCUGGGAGCGUGGCCUUCUCGUCGCCAGGCAACCCUGCCACGCCCCUACAGCAGCAGCCAACGCCCGGAGGCGUCAUGUCUCCCUGCUCGUUCACGGCAGGGCGAACCUUCCAGUAUGGGUCACCCACGGCUUCACAGCUGUCCCUCUUGCCCCAGCUGUCGGCUGUAAUGACACAGCAGCAGCAACAGCAGCAGUCGUCGCAGCCCCAGCAGGCGUCCCCGCAGAGAAACGAGGUUCAUAGCAGUCUUAGCAGGGACGUGCGCCAUCUUUCGGCCUCUCAGCCCUCGCUGCCUCAUGAAACCUCAUUAGCCAUUAGGCAACAUCCAUCCUCCGGAGAAUCCUUGGCAUCUAUCCAGCCCGCAGCAAGCCCAUCCCCACAAGCCCCUGGCUCUGCCCCACAGCAGGGCGGCAUUCGCGCCACGGUCCCUCCGAGGGUGGCGCUUUUCCGACAAAUGUCAUCAGGUGCGCUACCACCAGUGCGAGCAGCGCCCUCUACGGUCCAGCAUAGAGAUCCUAUGGGAUCCAGGAGAGAGUCGGCCGUCUUAAACAGCGGCCCUGAGACUGAACAAGACAAGAUGCGGUUUGCGUCGAAUUUAUGAUUUUUCUUUUUGUUCUUCUUCUUCGUUUAUUUAUUGAUUGAUAAUUUUUUUUAAUGAUUUUGCUUCAUUUUUAUGGAGAUGAGAAAAAAAGAGACAAGUAUUUUUGUUUCUUCCUCCAACCAACCUCGUAGAUAUCCUGUACAGACUUGCCCUUGUAUUAUAUUCUAUUUUAGAAACCUUUCCCCUUCAACGUAAGAAUGUAUAUUAUACAAAUAUAUACGUGUAAAUCUAGAAUAUUUGGCACUGCCUAUAUGAAAAAAAGGCGGGAAAACACUAGUAUAAAUGCAAGUCUUCCUUUCUGAUAUGUAUAUAUGAUGGACAUGUUGGGGAUUUAAAUUUUUUUUUUCCUUUUUUUUUUUUUUUUUCUUGUUUGUUUGUUUGUCUUCUUUUUUGUAACCGGAACGAUAGCUGGCAAGCUGUUUGUUUUUGUUUUUUGGAAUUUAUUCUUUCUCUUUUUUUUUCUCGAGGCAAUGUCCAAAUUCAAGUCCAGCAGCAUUCAGCAGCCUUUUUUUGGCAUCACUGUGGAAAAACCUACACGCAAAACCAAUACUGGCACUCAAAAAAAAAUAGUAAUAAUAAAAAAAACAAAGCACAUUCAUCUAUAUGGAUAUCUGUCAGGAGGACGGAGAUUACGGGGAGGAAUGAGCGGGUAAAAGCGGCUCUGACGCUUUGAGUUUCUCCUCUGCAAUACAACAGUCCAGUAACUGAAGUGUAGUGUUAAGACCGAGGCAGUGUUACAGGAUCAAAGGGAAUAAAAGUUGCUGUUUUUUAUUUAUUAUUUCUUUAUUUCUUUAUUUAUUUUCUCCUUUUCUCCUGUUUAAUAAUUUGUAAAGAUAGAGUAGGGCUGCAGGUGGAUUCUUUUAUUUUCUACCCCUGGUUUCUGAGACGGACACGAUGAAAUGUCUGACUGUGUACAUUUAUAUUAUUUAUAAACUAAAGAUUAUCACCAUUAUGCAAUAGACUGUGAUAUAAAGACAAAACUAUAUGUGUGUUGUAAAUAGUUUUGUAGAGCUAGUCCUUGCAGAAUAACGUGUGGUGCAUUCUCGAACAUGGCAAUGUCUUACCAGUCUGAAGCCUGGCUAUCACACACACACAUACACACAUAUAUACAUAUGCAUAUGUACAAAAGUGACAAAAUCACGAGUUAUCAUUAUCAUUAGAGACAUGCAAACCUUAAUGCAAACGAUGGCGUGAUCGCAUAGUCGAUACGGGAUUUAUAUAUCGCUGUAAAAGCCGAUGCAAGCUUUUAUACUGAUCUUUAGAUUCCAGAGAACAGGAGCGUGGAGAGAUCAAUGAUGGAACAAAAAGCUUUUUGCAGUCUAAAAGCACACUUAUUUCAGGAUGUCGUUUCUAAAUGGGCCCCAUAUUUAUAGAACAUCGAUAAACAUGGUACUAUAAGAACAUCAUUACUGUAAGCUGAACGCUGCACUGACUACAUCUAUUUCUGUUUUACAUUUACGUCAGUAUUAUGCUUAAGCAAUCGACGUCACUCUGUAUAUCGCUGUGCACCUGCUUAAAUGUUUUGGGAGUUUUUUUUCCUUUGUAAGCAAUUCACGUCACUUCUUUCGGUACAGCGUCUCUUAUGUAACCGACCAAUCCCUAGCCCUGUCUUAAUGCCGCGUUACUGUUA